AUGGCUGUUGAAAAAGCCUCAAUUUCGGUAGCAGUGGAAAUUGUCGGUUUUAUUUUGAACAAGGUUCGUGAUUGUGCAUCAAAUAAACUCAAGGACGGCGAUUUAACAAACGAAGAACUGCGUCAAGUUCUGCUUCGUGAUUUGAAAGAAAUUAACACAAAACUUGAUUCGUUGUCGCUAAAAGAUCUUUAUGCCAGUCGCAGCUUCCUAAAAGAAGGUCUAUCCGUUUUAAUUAUCGCUCUUGGUCAACCGAGUGAAGAUCAAGAAACUCACGAAGGUCCCGACGAAGCAACAGCUAUUUCAACCGACAGUGCGUCUAGUAGUUUAAAUGAAGUCUUAACACUUCCUCAAGCGAUUCAAAAAUUACAAAUCACGUCUGAAAAACGGUUAGAAGAAGCAAAGAAAUCCUUCCAAAAGGCCCGGGAGCGAGCAAUUGAUGCCUUCAACAACAAAUCGCUGAGCAUCAAAGAUCGAAUAGUGGCUUGCAAGAUACGUGUAGCUGCCAGAAUUUUUGAAUCUGGUCUCGAAGACCCGGAAACCGCAGUCACUACCUGCCUGUUGGCACUAGAAGAGCUGCAUGGCUUACCAGCAAUUCAAGAUAUGUUCAAAGUUUUUCUCAAUGGAGGAAUGAGAUCUUGGCGAAAUAAAGCAGAACGAUUGGAGAACAUAAUGUCUGUGUUGUUCAUCAACGAUGCAUUAUUUCAUUUCGCUGCCAAGUGUAGCAGUAAAUAUCCCAACGUAUUUACCUGGCCGGGAAUUGAGCUUGAGGAUCGCGCGUUUCAUCCAAUUCUACACGUAUAUGUAAUUGGGAAAAAGACAACCAUUGGUGAAGAAUUUGGCCAACAACUGAAGCGAAUGGUUAUUGACAAGAGAACAUCUGUGGUUGCCUAUGCCCGUGCCUAUGCCCGUGCCGAUGACAAUGCCCAUGCCGAUGCCCGUGUCGAUGCCCGUGUCCGUGUCCGUGCCCGUGGUGCUCAAUAUGCCAGUUACAAAACACGUUCCUUGGCCCGUCUCCGUGAGUAUGUCGAUAUUGCUCCUGAUGCCUUUGCCGAUGCCUAUGUUAAUUCCUAUGGCCGUGGCUGGUAUUUUGCUGUAAAUAGCCGUGGUGAAAUUAUUCUACUGUUUGAUGAGAAGAUCGCCGUUAUUUACUGGUCAGGUGAAAGCAAGGAUGUUAUAUUUUCCGAUCUCUCGGAAACUAAAGUGGUUGCGCAAGAGCGAAGAGCAGUUGCUGUUGAUAGCGAUGACAAUGUUUAUGUUUUGAGAUAUCUUAAGACACGUGAUGAAAAUGGCAUCAAGGGAACUUUUGUGCUUUGCGUUUUGGAUGGGAAUUACAACAUCAAACAUGACAAUACAUUAUUGGAUUUUCUUAAUGCCGGAGAAUAUAAAGGUAUGCGAAUUUCUAUAGACAAAAAUAAAAACACAAUCUUCAUCAAACAGGAGGAUACCCAAGUGUUUGUCUGUGAUAACAGAGGAAAGCUUAAGUUUAAGUUGAAACGAAAUAGAUACAGCAUAACCAACAUUGGUAUUACUAAUAAAAAUGAAAUUAUGAUACCAAGUUAUGAUGGAGCUGUGCACGUAUAUACAACGGAAGGGAACUUAAAAUCCAAAAUAAAAGUGCCAGAAGGUCAUGAUGUCCUGCAGGUGGCAUUUCAUCAUGACCUUUGUAAAAUAGUUAUUUUAACCUUUUGGAGGGAUCGACAAUCCCGGUUCCUACUUUGCUACUCUGAAACAGGCGAGCUGGAGCAUUCAGUGCGUGAUAUAUCUCGGUUGAGUGAGAUUGCAAGUCACCACAGCGGAAAAUUUGCGAUAUUCCAGGACAAAAGCAUCACCUUGAUUUAA